CCCGGAGGUAAAGCUGGAAAGGAUUCUGGAAAAGCGAAAGCGAAAGCCGUCUCUCGUUCUGCACGAGCUGGUCUUCAGUUUCCUGUCGGACGUAUCCACCGUCAUCUGAAGACACGAACCACAAGCCAUGGACGGGUGGGGGCCACUGCUGCAGUCUACAGCGCUGCCAUCCUCGAAUACCUGACAGCUGAGGUGUUGGAGUUGGCAGGCAAUGCUAGCAAAGAUCUGAAGGUCAAACGUAUUACGCCCCGUCACUUGCAGCUGGCUAUUAGAGGUGAUGAAGAACUGGACUCCCUGAUCAAGGCAACCAUUGCUGGAGGUGGUGUCAUCCCCCACAUUCACAAAUCUCUGAUAGGAAAGAAGGGAUCACAGAAGGCAGCAUAA